AUGGUUCGGCAAAUUAUCUUCCUAGCAGUGCUGUACGGUGCUUGUGGAAAAGGUGACAUCUUUAAAGUUUGUAUUUCUGAUUCAUAGAUAUCUACUCUUUUUUCCUUAUUUUAUUCCAGUUCAAACUUACAUCUUUUAAAAUGGCCAAAACUCGACGCUAAUCACUUGCAUUACAGUUGUAGAGUUCAACAGCACGUUGGAAUUUAAACAGAACAGUGAUUAUGUUUUCACGAAGCAAAUGCAUGGACGUGUGGAGGUGCGUUUUGUCAUAUAAGAAAUACAAUGAUUUGUUAUUGUUCAUAAAUUACUGCUGGUGUUUGCCUUACAGCACAUUAUCGUGGACGGUGUGAAUAUUUCCAAAGCAAAGAACGGAUCCCAUUGUGUCGCACCAAAUGACUGCUGGGAAGUUGUAAAGCGUAAGAUAUGAGUCUCACUUCUUGAUCCUCAACACAAUUACCUAAGCUAGGCAAUCUUGGAGCACUUAAUCAUUUGUUUGGCAACUAAGAAAAUGGCAAAUAUACGAUCAAACCCCAUUUGAAGCAGAAUUCUCCAUUUUUGCAUGAGGCACUAGAGAUCUUGACGACUUAUUAGUAAUUCGCAGCACGGCAGAUAUAGAUCUAUAUAAUAGUAAUGUUUGGGAAUGAGAGUAUAAAACAUUCACUUGUUGUUCUGUCGUGAAUUUUGUAAUUUUCAAUCUAUAUUUUUCUUGUUAGCCGAAAGACUGCUAAUCACAUACGGCUUCCUGAAAGGACACAACGCAUCAUUUACUGUGCAGCCUCUGAACACCACUACAAGAAGUCCAGUUGGCGUUCAAUACAAAAAAGUUGGCACGCCGAAUUGUAAGCAAAAAGGAACCUCGUCUGACUUAUUUCAUGAAUAGUCCAUUUGCUACAUUACGUUGGUUUUUUAACGGCACGCAUGUCUAAAGUGGAUGAGGCCGCUCAGCACCCAGACAUGUUUCAUUAAAAGAAGAUUUUCUAUUUCUCAUUUGUGUGCUUUAUUAUGAUCUUAUUUGGAGUCGGUCUACAUUUAUAAUGUUAUCAUCUACCUGCUCAAUCUUACGAGCUGACAAACUGUCAUUUUAGAUGCGCCGCUGGCCAAUGGAACAAGGUCUGUCUUGGCUAAAGAAAUUUACGAUAACGAAACGCUCAUUCAUAUUCUGCUGUUUAGUUCGAAUUUUGGGGUAAGUACUUGCAACUUAUGUGCAUUGCUUACACUUUGUUAGUCACAAUUGCAGUGUAAGGGCUGCAGUUAAGUGCCAAAAUUGACCAACAUAUCAUGUAAACGUGACCAUGGCUGAGGAACAGAAUGCCAUAAAGAUUAUUCGACCCAUAAGUUAUUAGAAUUAUUUGUUGCCUACUACGAGCAAGAAACUGUCAGUCGAUUUACCUACGUCAAUUCUGUCGGUAUAAAAUCUACAGUGAAAAUUUGCCUUUCCAAUAUUUCAGAAUGUUAGCGUCGUUGGAAACAUCACAAUGACCAGAAGAGAUCCUAAUAUCAUCUCUAUGUUUGGAAAGACCGGUACGUGGCCAUUCUGGAGUUAAAAACUAAUCCAAAAAAUUAUGUUGUUUAUUUGAUUUUAACAGAAUAUUUUAGGCAAUAUAUAUUCUCAUAUUGCAUGUGUUCUUUUAGGUGUACUGAAGUUCGAAGUUGUACUUUUUACGGGCCAUUUGGGAACCGAAUCUCGAAAGAUGGAAUUAAAAUACGGGAACGGCAGGAUUGAUCGCAUUACAAUAAAACCCUCGAAUAAAACCGGGGCAUCGGCGCCAAUACUGACAUUCAUCGAUUAUGAGAACGCUUUCAAGAAGCAGUAG